AUGGCAGAGACCUCGGAAAAAGUACCGAUAGCUCUGGCCGGACCAGAGGACAUGCAGCAAUUCAUGCCACCUGCGUACACAGCAGUGACCGUUAAACCCUCCAGUUCUGGACGUUUGCUGAAGAUUGGAGUUGCAGUCCUAAUUGUAGGGGCUGGGCUGCUACUUUUUGGGGCAAUUGGUGCCUUUUACUUCUGGAAUGUCAACGACAAACAUGUGUACAAUGUUCACUAUACCAUGAGCAUCAAUGGCAAAGUGGAGGAGGGAUCAAUGGAGAUCGAUGCAGAGAACAACUUGGAAAGAUUCAGGACAGGAAGUGGAAAUGAUGAAGCCGUUGAGGUUCAUGACUUCCAUAUUGGAAUCACCGGCAUCCGAUUUGCUGGGGGAGAAAAAUGCUACAUCAAGACUCAAGCCAAGGGUCACCUUCCAGACGUGGACAAGCUCAACAAGGACUCGCUGAUGUUUGACUUGGAGGACGAGAUCAUGCCUGCCAAGUUCGAGGAAGAGUCUCUUAUCUGGGUUGCUGCUGAUCAACCUUUGAAGGACAACAGCUUCCUGAGCGAGAAGAUCCUAGAACUCUGCGGAGACCUGCCAAUCUUCUGGCUCCGCCCAACCUAUCCCAAUGGUGGGCAGAGGAAGAGAGCGGUGCCAAGGGCCAGACGCCAGGUGGUGGAAGAAGAGGGGGAUAUUAUUGAGGAGGACGAACCGACGUUCAAUCCCGAAAACCCUUAUCAUCGCACCGUGGAAGGAGAAGAAGGCACCAUGACUUUUGACCCUAUGCUGGAUCAUACUGGGGUGUGUUGUACAGAGUGUCGUCGCAGCUACACCCACUGCCAGCGCGUCUGUGAGCCUUUGGGUGGGUACCACCCCUGGCCUUACCACUUCCGCGGCUGUAGGGCAGUAUGUCGAAUCAUCAUGCCCUGUCGCUGGUGGGUGGGUCGCAUCUUGGGCAUCCUCUAA